AUGUUUACAGGUGCUAUACAAGACAUCAACGACGAGGGAUACGGUAGACUCGAAGCAAUGGCGAAAAAAAGGAUUGAAUAUAGUGGUUUGCGACAUCAACAUCCACGGUAUCCACAAUCUGCACCAGCUACGAGAUAUCCACUAGGAAUGGCACGAAACAGUCUCAACGAGAGUGUGUUUAUUAGAAAACAGUAUUCCAUAAAUAAGUCUAGUUCAAAUGUAUUACAACUGGAUCUGGUUUACACCAAGCAUGCACAGUUUGAACGUAAUUGUGAAAAUUUUGGAAAAUCUGUAAAUGAAUAUAAAAAGAGAAACGUAACAGAGUCAUAUCUUAAUAAUUGUAAUAAUUCAAAUAGUGAACAAGCUCAUUCCGUUGGGAACACGGUUGAAGGAAUAAAAUCUCUUACAAUUUUGGGGAAAAAUUCUGACAGUGACAGAGUAGUUCGCAGCCUACCAAGCAGUUCAUAUUUAGGCAGAAAUGCAAGAAACUUUAAUAACGAAAACAUCGGAAAGAAGGGAAUUGGAUGUUCCAGAAGUGUCUCUCCCAUGAGAACGGCUAGGUCUCUCGGUAGGUUAACAUCGAGUAGAGAAUUUGCAUCAAGCUUUUCUUCUAAUAGUAAGCCCCAGGGGCCAAUUAAGCUACAUAAUUCAGAACCUAGUAGCUUUUUUGAAAUUGAGUCCGAAGUUACUAGUGAAUUAGCAGAAGAAAGCCCUGUCCUGUACAGCGACAUCCAAGCCACCAUAACAAGUCCCCAUCAUCCCCCCUUUGCUCUUCAAAUAGAGAAUAAUCAAAGAAAUAUUUUAAAACGAAAUAAUCUCUUUAGUCACAAUAAUGCAAGUCUAACCAGAACAGACUAUUUUCAAGACUACAUGGAAGAAAGAAUGGCUAGAUGGAGGCCUGGGCACUCUCAGUUCAACGUUGACGACACUAUGGAUGGUAAACAUCCCUACCAACAAGAAACCUUUGAACUAGAAACCAAGGCUGCGAAAAUCAAUCCAUACAAUCCGUUUAUUACAUUGAAAGCUUGGUUUAACGGAAAGACUGCAGUUUCUGAUCUUGAGAAUCAAAAACAGAUCAUUAAUCACAGUAAGGCGAAUAAAGAGCGGGAUGAGCCCAUAACGGACACUCUCGGACCCCAAUUACCAGAAAUUUCUGAGCGUCUUAAGAAAAUAGAAUUUAAGAUUAAUAGUUCCAAUUCUAUUAUACCCAAACCAUUUAAACCAGGCGAAUGCUCUCACGUUACAAAAUUUUUACGUCACUCAAGUACUCAGCAUGAAUUGACUCCAAUAGAUGGGUCAUCUUAUACACCGAAAGCACUACCUUUCAAUGAUUAUGAUUUAAACUUUGAAACAAAAGAUUGGUUUUCAAGCCAUAAAACAGAACAGGGCAGUAAUACCAUCGUAGAUUCAAUGGAUGAGGAUAUACGUGAUUUACUCAAUGGGCUUGAUAACUUUUUGUCUGACUGUUUCCAAAGUUUCUGGAACGCAUGCUCUUCAACGGGUAAAAUGUGCUUUAAUCCAACAUAA